GCUUUUCUGCCGUUAACAGUCUGCCUGUACGGGUACAUCCGAGUUUCGCCUUCGUCCGUCACCACCGUUGUCGUUGUCGUCGUCGUGAUCGUGAUCGUGGCCGCCGUCCUUUGUCGUCGUUUGUCGUUUGACGUGUGUUAUAGUUACCAUGAAAAUGACAACUGCGACGUGACGCGAAAAUACCUCUAUGCAAAAACACGCGUAGCUACCUACUUAAAAAAAAUAAGAAAAACAAAAAUUCCGACGAAACAAAGAAGAGAAAAGAAAAGAAAAGAAAAGAGAAAAAAAGGAAAUCAGCUGAGCAUAACAGAGGUACCCAUAUAUACCCACCUACCGACCGACUAACUAAACAGCCAACCAAACAGGCAAGCAAGCGACCGACCGACACUUUUUCAUCGUGUUCGUCGUGUUUCACGCGUUCUUCGAGAGCUUUUGUUGCUGCGAAUUCGUAUACGAAAACGUAUACGUACACGUACGAGUACUUGUUCAGGUACAUACGCGUCAGAUAAUACUCGACAAAGCUGGAAACUGAAGCGGGUAAUCUGCAGCCGGAGCCGGACACGGACACGAUCGCGUGCAAAAUUCGAGAUGCGUUCGCCAAAGGCACGUGCUACUUGAAUUCGGUGGUCAGCUCGUUAUCAACGGCACCGUCGUCGCCGCCGCCGCCGCCGGCCACAUCCACCACAUCCAGCUCAUGCACCAGCGAGCCUGCUGCCGCUGCCACUGCCGCCGCCGCCGCCGAUGAUAGUAUGCCAACCGGAUCGCAACACAUUUCAGAAAAAUUACGACGUACAUUUCGCAAUUCGACAGGUUUGGGAUCGAUAACGGCGUUCUGAAAAUCAUGUCCGCUUCUACGAAAGACCUUAGACGAUCGCUUUAAGUUGUGGUGGUGGUGGUGGUGCAUGGUAAAGUAGGUACCUGCAGGCGUAUCGAGCACAAUUCGACGACGAGAUGAUCAGCAGCAGCUGCUGAAAGAAAUCUGCUGGUCGCGUCGGGCUCGAGUUGAAGCGCAAACGUAAGCGGCAGGUAAGCAGCUAAGCGGGUGAGCAGCUAAAGCAGCCAAGUACGUAGCACUUACUCGUAGCAGUUGCAAGAUGAACGUAUUCGUGGACGUUGUUCGAGCGCUGUGGGAUCGGGUGGGCACGAUGAAGGUGCCGAUCAUCAAUCUGGAGGUGACGGUGGUCAAAGACAUCGUGUGGGAGAAGAUUCAGGAGCCGACUUCGCAGCGCCGCCUCAUUCUGGUGAUCGUGUGCGUGGCGUUGCUGCUGGACAACAUGCUGUACAUGGUGAUCGUGCCCAUCAUACCGGACUAUCUGCGGUACGUGGGCGCGUGGGACGACGACGACGGCGUGCCGUACAACGUGACCAAGCCGGCCAAGCCGAUACCGCGAGCGCAUCACGGCGAAGACUCGGCCACCGGGCUGCUGUUCGCGUCCAAGGCCAUCGUGCAGCUGAUGAUCAAUCCGUUUUCGGGAGCGCUCAUCGAUCGCAUCGGCUACGACAUCCCCAUGAUGAUCGGCCUGUCCAUCAUGUUCAUGUCGACGGCGUUGUUCGCGUGCGGCCGCAGCUACGCGUUGCUGUUCUGCGCCCGCAGCCUGCAGGGCGUCGGAUCGGCGUUCGCCGACACGUCCGGCUUCGCCAUGAUCGCCGAUCGCUUCACCGAAGAGAACGAACGCUCCAAGGCGCUCGGCAUAGCGCUGGCCUUCAUCAGCUUCGGCUGCCUGUUCGCGCCGCCCUUUGGCGGCGCCCUCUACCAGUUCGCCGGCAAAGAGAUACCGUUCCUGAUACUGGCGCUGGUCUCGCUGCUCGACGGCUUCAUGCUGCUGCUGGUGAUGAAGCCGCUGAAGCAGCAGCUCAGCGAGCACAAGCACUUCGAAAAGGUCACCACCACGCCCAUCUGGAAGCUGUUCAUGGAUCCGGACAUCGCGGUCUGCGCCGGCGCCCUAAUGAUGUCGAACGUGGCGCUGGCCUUUCUCGAACCGACCAUCUCGAUCUGGAUGGAGGAGCACAUCACCACCGACAGCUGGAAGAUCGGCAUGAUCUGGUUGCCGGCCUUCUUUCCGCACGUGUUCGGCGUGAUGCUGACGGUGAAAAUGGCCCGCGAGUACGCCCAGUACCAGUGGCUGAUGGUCGGCCUGGGGCUGGCGCUCGAAGGCAUGUGCUGCUUCCUCAUCCCGUUCAGCACCUCGUACCAGAUGCUGAUGAUACCCAUCUGCGGCAUCUGCUUCGGCAUGGCGCUCGUCGACACCGCCAUACUGCCGACGCUCGGCUACAUCGUCGACGUGCGCUACGUCUCCGUCUACGGCAGCAUCUACGCCAUCGCCGACAUUUCGUACUCGUUCGCCUACGCCCUGGGUCCGGUCAUCGCCGGCGAGAUCGUCGCCGUCAUCGGAUUCACCUGCCUCAACGUGCUCAUCGCCUUCUCCAAUCUGCUCUACGCUCCCGUCUUGUAUCGGCUGCGCAACAUCUACGACUUUAAGCCCUUCCAAAACGAGGCCAACGUCCUGAUGUCGAAUCCGCCCGACAAGGAGUACCAAACGUACAUGAUGCAAGAACGGGGCUCCAAUUUGAACGCGACCGGCGGCAGCGCCAACAACGCCGCCGCCGCCGACGACACCGAGUCCAGAAACUUCUGGCAACAGCAAGCCAGCUAUCAAGAUGGCGGCUCCGGCGCCGCCGACACCUCGUUAAAUUACCAAGUACGCGAGACCAGCGUCGAUAGAGACGAUUACACGACGUCUUCGUACGCCAAUCGUUAAUCGCGCUCUCGCGUCUAUAACGUAAAAAAAAUAAACAAUUACCGUGCCGUGCCGUGCCGUGUCGUUUCGUGUCGUCUAUCCUACUAGUAACAUAAUUACGAGUAUGUUAAUGUACAUUAAUCGUAAGCGGGUAUCGUAUCGUAUCGUAUCGUAUCGUAUAUGUAGAUGAUGUACCACCAGUGAUCUUCGCAUUCGCUAUUAUCGUUAUCGUCAUCCAUAAAUCGUCGUAUACAUACAUCAUACAUAGUAUACCAUAUGUACUUAUACCUAUACCUAUACCUACCUAAUUACCUAUCUACUCGUGUAAAUCAGCAUACCUACAUAGUUAUUACCUACCUGUACACGUACCUGCGUAAAAUUAUACCUACUUUUAUAGACAUACCUACGUAAUGUCAUCUAACGUACGAGCGUUGAAGCCUUUUCGUACGUUACCUAGAACCUACCUACUUACGUAUAUGUACUUCGCAGGCGUAGUUUUUUGUUUUUUAGGUGUUUUUUUUUUUUUUUUUUUUUUACUGUGAUACUUACCUAUACUUGUAGGUCUAAUUGAAACACUCACACACGAGACUACUUCUUUGAGAACAACACAUCGAAUACCUACCUAUAUCAACUUGUUACAAAUUUUUUAGGUUGUGGAGCAACGCCCGCGCCCGCUAUCAAUAUAGUACAUAUAUGUACUUCUACCUACGUAUUUACAUCUACCUACCCAACUUCGUUAUACUUAUGUAUUUGUAUCCAGUCAUUUCUAAAAGCACACCUUACCCUAAUAUUACUCGCGGUAUUUACAUAUUUUCUCUACAUUUUUUACCACACGCGUUUAUUCGUAAAUGCAGUGCGAUUACCUACUUAGGUACCUACGAGUAAUACCUAGCAAGUACCUACUUACCUAUUGGCUAUUAGAUAGGCACUGAGCAGGUACUGGAAUACUAAUUUUCAACCAUCGAGCGCUUAGUGAAUAAUUUUUUACGAACAAAAUAUUCGAUGUCGAUGUAAUCCAUUAAUUAUUGUUACUUUGUACGUGUAUAUUUUGUUGGUACAAUAUUAUGUAAGUACGCAAAAUGUGUAGCCUAUUAUAUCUGUUUAAUCAGACAGUACCUACCAAUCGAUCGAUGGAUCGAUCAUUGCUUUUUAUAGACCGACCGACCGACCUACCUGCCUACCUAACGCGAUUAUUUAGCCAAUUUAGGUAUUCCACGAUUGAUUGAUUGAUUGUUUGUUUGUUUGUUUGUUUGUUUGUUUGUUUGUUACUUUUCUCACUUUUGAAAUCCUGUUGCGUAAUGUCAGUUAGAUUCGGACUCCAUAGACCUACUCGUACAUCAAUAGGGUGCUUACGUGUUUGAAAAUCAGCUUUGAAGGAGCCCCCGUACGUAAGAGACAGACGUAGAUUUUAAAAGAGGGGUCAUUUUUUCGCUCCCACCCGUACGUACUCGUAUUUACUCUGCUUCGUCUGGAAAAAUUGCUCAACCUCAAUUCCUCAAACGAUAUAGUGCCUACACCUACCCAGUCUAUUUGUGCGGUGCGGUGCGGUGAUUCUGCGUUAAAUUUGAGACUAUUUUUAGGGUUCUAUCGAUAGAGGGUUAAAAAUUUGCGUUUUGAAAAUACCUACAUAUUUUUUUCUCGAAUAGCUGCAGCGGGUAUGCCUAUGACGAUGGCGAUGGCGAUGGCGAUGGCGAUGGCGCACGCGAGUAAAUUACGAGUAAAAACCGCGAAUACUACCUAUGUAUAGUACAACUCGGCCAUUUUUCUCAUAGGUAAAGGCAGUGGCUGGCUACUGGCUAGAUCGGAAAAAACACGAUUUUUUUCUCAAAAUUCGCCUUUUUAAUGACCAAUGUCGCCAACUCGCCAUGUUUCCCCUCUGUGGACUGUGGUGUGGGGUGUGGGCGCUGGGCGCUGGGCGAUAAAUACGAGUACGUAGACAACUGAAAAGAAGUGUCUCUACGUACGCGACGACGAUGGCGAAAAAGUUGUCGCGAAACGUUUCGACGUUUCGACGUUGAAACGUUCCAACGUCGGAAACAACCCCUCGCACAGUACGGCCGUGGCCACCCCAAAAUAGCUGCAGAUGAUGGGUGUGGGUGUGGGGGCGGGGGCGGUGAGUUGGUGGUACUUUGUAGUGUUGCUAGCAAAGGCUUCAAAGUUGGCGUUCGCGUUCGCGUUCUCGUUCGCGUGGUGUGCGAUGAGCACGCUAUAUACGCUAUAUGGUACGCUAUACGGUACAUACAACUACGAGUACGUACGAGUAUUUCCAACUUUCGGUCCCAACAACUUGCAACGAGCGAGCCACGGUUUGGGUACAUUUUCAUCGUCGUACGGACCGAGUACGAGUAUUUCUCUGGCUCUCGCGCUCUUGCUCGCACUCGCACAAGCAGUCGAACCGAGCCAAGCCAAGCCAAGCCGAGCCGAAGUAUUCGUAGUUCGUAGUUUGUAGUCUGCUCGGCUGAAAAUCGAUAAAGUGCCCUAUAUAAUGAAAAGGCAAGAAUACGCGAGUAUAGCCGUGUUACCUGAAUUACUAUUCCCCUCGUUCGAGUUUACGCUUUAAUUUUUCAAAAGCUCUACAACACAUCGAUUUCUCUCUACCAUUUCAUCCUUCGCCCCUUCGCUCCUUCACUAUGCGCCUCGCCUCACCAUGCCAUUUGGCAUUUUACGGUCGUAGGCUAUUUUUCAUUUUUCUCAAACCUGUAAUUAUAAAAACUAAAAAGGUACCUACCUACCUACCUACCUACUCGUACUUCGGUAGUGUUACAGCAAACGCGAGACUUGUCUUUUCAGCCCCGAAUAAAACUUGAAUUUCCAAAUUAGAAUACGCGACGUACGAGUACACCAACGAAAAACCUGUUCAUACUCAACAUUCGAUACCCAUUACUCCAUUAGAUAUGUAUGUACAUACUAUGUACUCGUACUCGUACAUACGACUACGAGUAUACGUGUCUGUCUAUCUAAUCCGUCCGAGAGAUGCGCUAUGUACGUCGUACGAGUACACGAGUAGCCCAUUUGCCUGAAUACGAAUAGCAUAUACUUACGAGUAGUUAUAGGUACUCGUACGCUAUGGUACGAGUGCGAAAUUCGAACCGGAAUCGUUAAUCGUUUCGUCGAUCGUCGAUCGUCGAUCGUCGACAAAUUCUCCAAAUCAAAUCGAAAUAAGAAAUUCUCUUGGCCGCUCACGCCUCGCCUCGCCGCGACUCUCGCCUCUCGGUCUCGUCGCUUCUCGAUGAUUUUUCUUCUUCUUCCAUUUCUUACGGUCGUACUUUGUAAAAGCAAAGCAGCGAAAUCUUCGAGCUCAUAGCUCAUAGCUCAUCGAAUCAACGAUUCUGCAUCUGCACCUACCUAGUACAGUAUACGAGUACCUACCUACGUAAGAGUGUGCAUCAGUAUCCCGAAUGCAUACAAAUACAAUUCAAGGUAGCUAUAGCUACCUAUUUGUACGUACAAGUACAUAUAGGUAUAGGUAAUGUACGAGUAGGUAAGGUAACUGGGUAGGUAAUCGUUUAAAACGAAUUCUCUCAUCAUUACUCUUAAAGUCAUCGAACAAAUCAGAAAAUUAGACACUACUCAUAUAUAGUACUCGUAAGUAUGUAGGUAGGUACCUAAGGUAUAUAGAUAUACGAUGUAGAUGUAAGAGGUAUCUAAACGUAUACACGAGUAGGACCAAACCUAGCCUACCCUACCCUACCCUACCCUAUACCCUACGUAGACGUACACCGUACACCGUACACCGUACACGCAUGACGCAUCAUUCGGCUCUUAUCUGCAGGUUUACCCUCGUGCCAUGGUGGUGAUUUUUUUCUCUUGUUUCAAUUUUUUUCUACAUAGUUGUUUUGAUUGUUAUCGUUAUCGUAUCCUACGCGUACGAGUAUGCCAUAUCAGCCAUAUGGUAUUUAUAUAAUAUGUAUAGGUAUACAAUAUACAUACUCGUAUGUAUUAUUACCUAUUAUUGUUUUUGUUAUUUCUAUUUCAUUAAUUUAAUCGAUACGUUUUUCUCCUUAUUCGAGUUGUUAUCGUGUGUGUUACUGUUACGAGUAUUUAUACCUACCUACCUACGUAGAGUUUUAGAUUAUGCCUAAUUAGGUACCUACCUCUGUGUCUGCAUAUACUGCUGGUCCGGAUGUUGGCGAAAUUGCUCGAAACUGUCGAAAAAUAAUAUCUACUACCUAUUUCGAGUUCCGAGUACUUUUUCCAUAUUCUAGAUGACGAAAAAUUGACGAGCAAAAAUUUCAGUUCCAAAAUCAAAGUUUAUCUACCAUUAGGUAAUUGUGGUUUUUUUGAAAACAUUUUCCAACUCGGCUAAUAUAAGCAUACCUAUCUACCUAUUAGAGAUCGAGUUGAUCGUAUAGACAAAAACGCAGCGCAGCGUGCGUUCUACUACUUCUUCUUUAGAAAACGAAAAAAAAAAAAAAAAAAAAAAAAUGAAAAACAUAGAAAAAAGUUGCGGACGAAAAGCUGGAUUACGAGUAGCCUAUUUCGAUCAACGCAACGCAACGUUUCUGAAGCCAUCCGAACCCGCUGUAUGCGCAUUUUACGCGUAUACGCGUAUACGAGUAUGCAACAUCAGCUUGAUUAGUUUUUAAGAGAAUAUUUAUAAGCGACGACUACGGUCUUUUUUUUGUUUUUGUUUUUGUUUUUGUUAUUAUUUUUGUUUCGUCUAUUUCAUAUUGAAAUUCGACAACCAAGAAUACAUACAUAUCAUUAUUUUUAAUUACUACUACGUAAAAUCGUAUACAUGAAAAUGAAAAAAAAAAAAAAAAAAAAAAACCGAACUGAAUUUUAUAUAAAAUACCUACAUAAACGAAUGAAAAAAAAAAAACAACAAAUUAUUUAUAUAUUACUUACGUAACUAUACAUACUUAAUGAUUACCUACUUAAUUUACAUAUUUAUCGUGCCUACCUGCCUACCUGCCUACUGCCUACCCAAAUAGGCAACGGCUUUUAUAUCAACGGCGAAUUAUUAAUUUGUAACCAGUAACCACCUUAUUUCCUUAUUCGCCCUUCGCCCUUUUUUUCUUGUCUGUACUCUUCCUAUGACAGCAACCACGUCGCUCCAUAAUACAUACGUACCUAUUUUUUAUAAUACCCAUUAUCUAUACCUACCUAUAUACCUACUUACCUAUAAAUACAUACGUACUCGUAUAGAGCAACGAAGAUUCCGAUACAUACCUAUACCUAUACCUAGUUGGUAGUUACCUACCUACUCGUAGCUAGGUGUACUUGGCAUAAAAUAUGUAUAUAUACCCGAUACCGCGGUAUACAAUACUUAUCUACCUAUAUCUACCUAUUUUCGAGAUGGGAUAGUGAUGGUGGUCGCUCUCGGAUCUCAUCUACAACUCCAGCUCCAGCUCCAGCUAAAGCUACGGCUAAUACUCGUAGUUGCGCGUGCAUACCUUUACCUAUAAUCAAUCGCGCAUAUACGCGUACCUACAUACACAUAGAUACGAGUAGGAGUAGAUAGAUAUAGAUACGUGAAAAUUCGCUGCUCGUCACAUAGACUAAUAAAAAUGUUACGUUUAACAUACAUGUAUGUACAAGCAAUAUUAUUAAUUUAAGGAUAAAUAGGUCUCGUUGUUAGACUGGCAAGAAAUCAGGCCUCCAGACCUUCAGCAGACCUACCUAUACCUAUACCUACGGGCUACGAGUAAAAAAAAAAAAAAAUCACAUCACAUACGAGUAUAGCUACAUCGCUCUUCUUCUCUGUUUUUCCUUAAACUCGGAGGCGGAUCGAAGUUAUGUUGUUGCGGGGGGGAGGGGGAGGGGGUUGUGUAUCGUGUUAUUUUGCCGACAAAUAUAAAAGUUUUAACGUGCCGAGCGCUAAAUUCUAAAGAGGUAGUAGUAUUCUAUUCCCCAUUCCCCCCCCCCGAAAAAAUCUGCAUCUUUUCAAAUGAUUUUUGGUAUUACCUAUUUCUGAAAUAGGUAUCGCCGUCUAAUUUUACCAUUUCGAAAUGUUUGAAAAGAGUUAUAGAUAGGCAUCGACUAGCACGAGCGAAGCAAAGGCAAAAGCUUUCGGAAAUUAAAAUUUUGAAGGAAAAAAAAAUGCGAAAUGCAGAGCGGAGCGCCUCGAAGAGAAAACGGCAAUUAAUUUCGACGUAAAACGUUAGUUUUUCCACACUUGAAAUUUCCAAAAGUUGAAAUAGAUCGGUUAUUUUGGGAAAUGAAAAACAACAAAUUCAGCGCCAGCUCGGCGCAGGCGGAAAGCGUUUUCAAAAAUAGACCUAACAAUUUUCGAACAAAUGGACGCAAAAUCGGAAUUUUCAAAAUUGGGGGGGGGGAAGGCGGCAUACAGCUCUUAAAUCCGCAAUCCGCCUCUGCUUAAACGUUGAUAAACUACUACAUAUAGGUGUAAACUGUAAAUGAAUAUGUUGGUGAUAGUUAGAAUAUGGAUAGAUUAAAUUACGGGUACCUAAUACCUAUAACCAACUAACCAGUAACCUGUAAAACUGUAGAUUAUACCUAUGUACCUAUUUGUACCUACUCGUAAGUCGUAUGUCGCGUUAUGUUGUAACAUUUACAUAUGUACUCGUACUCUCGUACUUCUUCUAGGUACUUAUGUGUAUAUGUACCUAUAUUAUGUAUAAUGUAUAACAUACGUAAUUAUACAUACCUACCCUUAAAUGAGAAUUAUGUACCUACCUAAUAAUUUAUCGUGAAAUCGUUAUUUAUCUUGAUUUAUGAUUUAUCGUGUAACUGAUUAAUAAAUAAACUUUCUAUGUUCUACUAAA